AGCCUGUAUGGGCGGACCGGCCGGUCAGCUGAUGACUAAAAUGCUCCACACAAUCUCUGUCCUCGAUACAUGGAUUUCGUCACACGAAUGAUUUUCUAGCCAAUUACGCACAAUGUGGAAGAUUUCACACAACCGCAGCAGGAGGAGGACUCGCUACUUGUUGGGAUUUCGCUCAGGAAUGGGUCCUCUGCGCGCACCUGGAGCCGCCGGAGACAUGCAGGGGCGACGCGUUUCAGCCGCUUUUCCCUCUGGUUUAUGAUACCGAAACCUGCCAUCGAACUCCUGUGAUGGGGAGACGCACAUGGAGCUGCGCUGCCGUGAUCCUGCUGGCCGUCAUCUGCUCGUGUCGUGCCGCCACUCUGGAGUCCGUCCACUGGAGCAGCUCCAAUGCAAAAUUUGCUUCAGGUCGAGGUCUGGUCCUGUAUCCUCAGAUUGGAGACAAGAUGGACAUCGUGUGUCCUCGCGCUGACGCUUCCUCCGGGGGAAAGGAGGAGUUCUACAGAGUCUACCUGGUCUCCAGAAGUCAGCUGGCGAGCUGCACCAUCGACAAGACGGACACGCCCCUGCUGAACUGUGACAAGCCGCACCGGGACGUAAAGUUCACGUUCAAGUUUCAAGAGUUCAGCCCCAACCUGUGGGGUUUGGAGUUCCUCAAGGGGAAGGACUAUUACAUCACCUCCACCUCUACAGGCUCCCUGCAAGGUCUGGAUAAUAAUAACGGAGGGGUGUGCAGGACCAAAUCCAUGAAGCUGGUGCUGAGAGUCGGCCAGAACUCUUCAGAUCCACCUUCAACACUUCAGGAGUCCCCCACCAGAUUCCCACCCACACGACCGAAGCCCAAGGCCAAGGACGCCUCCACGAAAGAAAAGGAUAUAAAAAGUACAGCCGACGCAGGACAAACAAACCCCAGCUCUGAGCCAGGACUGUUGGUGUGGGUCGUCUCUGGUUGUGUGAGCCUCCUUCUGGUCAUCGCGGUCGUUCUGGUCGUGCUGUGGAGGUACCAUCGGCGCCGCUGCAUCCCGGAUAGGCAGCAGUCUGCCUCGGUGUCCCUCAACACUCUGGCUGUGCCGAAGCGGGACAGCAUCAGCAGCGACAACGCCGGCUCAGAUCGCAGCGAUGUCGUCUUUCCUCUGCGGGCUUCUGACAGCAUGAUCUGCCGCCACUAUGAGCGCGUGAGCGGCGACUAUGGGCCUCCUGUGUACAUAGUUCAGGAGAUAAUGCCCCAGAGCCCCACCAACAUCUACUACAAAGUCUAACGUUUACUGCUCUGUUGACAGACAAUAUGGUGGUGAUCAUAAAUUUCUCAGUCUCCUACACAAUACUUCCAUGGAUGAAACAUGACGAAAUGUGUGGAGCUGGUCUGAGAACUGUGGUGCCCUGAUCAUCUACAGUCAUGGAAAAAAUUAUUCAACCACCCUUGUUUUCUUCAAUUUCUUGUUCAUUUUAAAGCCUGGUACAACUAAAGGUAUAUUUGUUUGGACAAAUACAAUGAUAACAAAAAUAGCUCAAAGGAGUUUAAUUUAAAAGCUGAUAUCUAGACAUUUUCCACGGUUUUCUUGAUAAUAACCAAAAUCACUUAAGUUCUUACAUCAACAGCUAUGGCAUUGUGCUGCCACAAACAGCUUUUAGGAUUCCAUGUUUUCUUUUGUCUGUUUUAGUCACAUGAUCCACACAGGAGUUAGUACUUGAUUGCAUAACCAUUGUUUCUGAUGACUGCAGUCAUGCGUCUUGGAUGUUCUCCACCAGCUUCUGACAUUGUUCUGCUGUCACAGCAGCCCAUUCCCAUUGUACAGUUUCAAACAAAUUUGCUUUGUUUUUGGGAUUGUGGUUCUCCAUUUUGCGUUUGAUGAUUUUCCACAAGUUUUCAGUUGGAUUUAGAUCUGGUGAUUGAGCAGCCAAGGCAUAGUUCCAGUGUUCUGGUUCUCCAUCCAGGCUUUAACUGACCUUGCUGUGUGGUAAGGGGCAUUGUCUUGUUGGAAAAUCCAGUCAUUGGAGGCAGGAAAGAGUUUUCCAGCUGAUGGAAGGAGACUGUUUUCAAGAGUAGCCCUGUACAUGACCUGGUUCAUUCGCCCUCCACACAAUUGCAUUUGCCCUGUUCCACCCAGACUGAAACAACCCCAGAUAGUCACUGAUCCACCCCCAUGUUUUACUGUAGGGACAAGACAGUCUGGUUUGUAGCUUCUCCAGGCUUCCUCCUAACCAGUAAGUUGGCUGGAGUGGGCAUCAACUGAAAACUGGAUUCAUCACUGAAGAGAACCUUAGCCCAAUCAUCAACAGUCCAAUCCUUGUGAUCCCCAGCGAAGAGUAACCAGGCUUUCCUCUGCCUUUUAUUGAUGAAGGGCUUCUUUCAUGUCCUGUGUGACUUCAGACUGGCUUCAAGAAAUAGGUUUCCAGCUGUCCUUGCUGAACAAGUCACAGUUCACCACAGUGUCCACUCAUUUUUAAGGUUCCUGGAGGUGUGAUGACGAUUCCUGACACAGGAACAGAUGAGUGCACUGUCAUCUGGUGGGUAGAAAGACGUUUCCUGCAAUGACCAGCUAGCAAUUUGGUAGUACCAUGCUCGGCUUGUUUUUUCUUGGUGUAAUGAACGGCUGUCUUGGAGAUCUUCAGUUUUUCCCUACCUGUCUCUCACUCAUGCCAAUUUCCAGCAGUGCCAAGAUGUCUGCCUUUGUGGCUUCACAUAAUUCUUUAGUUUUAGGCAUUAUGUGAGAGCUGACAACUUCUGAGUUGUGCUACAGCUUGAAUGUCAGCAGGAAACCACUCUAGACCUUUGCAUGUGCUGCUGAUGACAUGAAAUGGCCUCUUCUAUACCCUGGGAAUACAAUUAAGCUGAAGCAUGUCAAAUAGGACAAAAAGUAGUAUGUAAUCAGCUGCAUUUUGUCGUGUUCAUUGUAUUCUUCAGGUAAUGUACCUUUAGUAGCACCAGGCAUUGAAAUGAACAAGUAAUUGAAGAAAACAAGGGUGGUCUAAUAAUUUUUUCCAUGACUAUACUUUAAACCGACUGUUGUACUAUUGGGUCACAUGGCAGCAAGUACACAAAAUGCUGUUGAACUAGUUAGUUUUCUUGAUUUACCGAAGAGACAAUCAAAAAGGAAACUGGUGACAUCUCAUUCAAUGGUUGUGUUCUGUUUGUUUUAUGAGAAAUGUUUGAAAGCAAAUUUAUUUAUAAGAAAAUAGUUUGCCACUGUCAUGACAUGUGGCAAUUUCAGAUGUACUUUAAAUGUGUAAUUUAUUUAUUGAUAAAUGGAGAAAAAAAUAUUAGUUUUAGCACUUCAACACACCAAAAGAUAAUUCACAGUUUGAAUUGUGUAAACUUUGGUUGAAAUGCUGUUAAAGUGAAAUGAGAAUCUUGAUUUUUGUGGCACGCAUUCGGUCUUUCUGAUCAAUUCAACUUUUGAACAAGAUUCAGCAUCAUUUUUCUUAAAUGUAUUGACUUAAAGAUAAAAGGGAAGGUCUUCUCUGUCUGCAACAUGAAAAAGUGAGACACAGGCGGAAAACGAACAGAAUGCAAUGACGAAAUGAAAGUUUGAAUCAGAAUAGGUGCUGAUAAAUCCCAGGACACUGCCUCAGUGAUUCAGAUGGUUACAAAAUUACUAAGCAGCACAAUGUAUGAUGACUUCAAACAAUGUUGAUUUAACUAUUUGCAUACUUUGUACUGCGAUCCCGUUGAGCGAUUCUGGCCACCGUAUUAAAUCUAAAGAACUUUUAUACAUUUGGUUUGGCGCAUAAUUCAUCUUUGCUUCAUGUUAUACUUAUUUUAAAGUCACAACAGUUUUUGGAGUGUUUUUUUUUUUUUUUUUGAGAGGUUGAAUGCGUUAAAUUAGGCACUGAGGAAGUCUCGUCAUUACGCUUCUAAUGGUGCUCCUGGGAUAGUGACUGUCAUUCUGCAUUUAACACGAUGAGUUUUGAACCGGAUCUUACAUGGUUGAAUGGACGCAAAAGUGACAUGAAGCAAACUACAGUUUCAUAUAGUUGAUUGGUAAAUGAAGAGUUACUUUGAAUGUUUUAUUACCUCUCCAAAAAGCAGAAUUUAGAAUAAUCUUAUCUAUGUAAGACCAAAAAAGGAGAAAAAACAAAUCCAUAUAUGCCAAAAAAAAAAAAAAACUAUUUUCUGAUUUAACCUGAACUUCUCGCUCAUGAAAGCAUGUAACAGUUGAAUACUGUCUUUGCAGGUCAAUAAAUGUGAAUAUGAAAGUA